CUUCAGACGUGCAAUUAUUUAUACACUCUCCUUCUGCCUCUCCCCACUCUCAUUUUCCGAGAAAACUCGAGAAAAUGGAAGGAAAAGCUCUCCUCUUUUCCCUCUGUUUCCUCUUUCUCUCUCUCCCUUCUCUUACCGCUUUCCAAACCCUAAUUCUGAAUUCCCUCCCUCCAGCUCCUUCUCUCACGUUCGAAUCCGAGUCUCUGUUCGAAACUGGAUCUGACUCCGACGCUGCCGACGAUUCUCUCACCCUACAGCUCCACCACAUCGACGCACUCUCCGCCAACAAGACGCCGGAGGAACUCUUCCACCUCCGCCUCCACCGCGAUGCCCGGCGCGUAGAAUCAAUCGCCGCCCGGAGCCGCCGGAGAAAUGCGACCGCGGGGAGCAGCUCGGUGGUCUCCGGUCUCUCUCAGGGAAGUGGAGAGUACUUCACCCGCAUCGGCGUCGGGACUCCGGCGAGGUUCCUCUACAUGGUCCUCGACACCGGCAGCGACAUCGUCUGGCUCCAAUGCGCUCCUUGUCGGAGAUGCUAUUCUCAGUCCGACCCUAUUUUCGACCCGUCAAAGUCCAAAACCUACGCCGGAAUCUCCUGUUCCUCGCCGCUCUGCCGUCGUCUGGACUCGCCGGGAUGCAACACUCGUCGCCAGACUUGCCUCUACCAGGUCACUUACGGUGAUGGGUCCUUCACCUUCGGCGAUUUCUCCACCGAAACACUGACUUUCCGGCGGUCGCGCGUGAAGGGUGUAGCUCUCGGAUGCGGCCACGACAAUGAGGGCCUAUUCGUCGGCGCUGCCGGUUUGCUUGGCCUCGGCCGGGGCCGGUUAUCGUUCCCCGCCCAAACCGGCCGCCGGUUCAACCGCAAAUUCUCCUACUGCUUGGUCGACCGGUCAGCGACGUCCAAGCCGUCGUCCAUCGUGUUCGGCGAGAGUGCCGUCUCACGCGCCGCCAGGUUCACACCGUUGCUGUUGAACCCAAAGCUCGACACGUUCUACUACGUGGAGCUCCUGGGAAUCAGCGUGGGAGGGACACGCGUCCCCGGCGUGUCCGCGUCUCUGUUCAAGCUCGACCAAACUGGCAACGGCGGUGUCAUACUGGACUCGGGCACGUCGGUGACCCGGUUGAUCCGACCCGCUUACAUCUCCAUGAGGGACGCGUUCCGGGUCGGAGCCAAGAACCUGAGACGGGCACCGAACUUCUCGCUGUUCGACACGUGUUUCGAUCUGUCCGGUUUGAACGAGAUCAAGGUCCCCACGGUGGUUCUCCACUUCCGGGGAGCUGACGUGUCACUUCCGGCGACGAACUACCUGAUUCCGGUGGACACCAACGGCAAAUUCUGCUUCGCCUUCGCGGGAACAACGAGCGGUCUCUCCAUCAUCGGGAAUAUCCAGCAACAGGGCUUCCGGGUCGUCUACGACUUGGUGGGUUCCCGGGUCGGGUUCGCUCCACGAGGAUGCGCGUGAGCCCGAGCCCUAACCCGACUCGACCCGGUCUUUUCUCACGACCUGGUACGGACGAUGUACCGUCCUUUUAUUUGCUACUUUUGGGGUGUUUUUUUUUUUAACUUAUGUUUGUGAAAACCGAUCAGACAAGUGAAAUCUUUGAGCGGUAGAUUUGCUACUUUUGAUGAUAUUUUUCAUCACGCGUUGUCGGUCGAAUCAUCUCCAAUAUAUAUUUUGUUUUAUGGUUCGUUCAGA